AUGAUGAAACAGGCUUUUAUUUUUCUGGCCCUCCUCGGGGUCGCCUUUUCAGCUCCUCAGCCAAGGAAACAGUUCAGUGAGCACGUUUCGGAGUUCUUAAACAUAAUAGCAGAGGAGGCUGGUGAUGAUAUUAACCACUUGAUGGAGCACUACUUAGAAUUUGAAGAGUUCCGGACUGCAUUAGCCUACACGCAGAGCACUAACUUCAGAGAUCUGAUUUACGAGAUGGAAGCUUUGCCCGAAUUUAAUGCAGUACUCGACUUCUUAGAGAAUGACAAUAUUGACAUUCACACCUUUAUUGAUUUAUUAAAUGAGAUUCUUGAUUACAUUGAAAAAAUGAAGAGGAACACACGACACAGUGUUAGUGGCACUACCAUGAGUGACUUUAUAUACGACUCGAUCGCAGUAUUCCCUACGGCGAAGUUGGCUGCUCUCUUCGACGAAAAGAUGGCCAAUGACGAAGCAUUCAGCACAGCACUCAUCAACCUCCAGAGCGAGGAGUGGCGUCAAAUUGCCACUGCCCUUUGGGAAAACGAAGUUUUCCAGAAAGAGAUUCAGCUUCUCAGGGAAAACGGCAUAGAAGUUGAGGCCCUCAUGGAUGAAGUGUUUGCCAUCUUCGGACAGGAGUAA